AUGGCAAAGGGUAAGAAUCAUGACCGAAAGGCCAACCCGGGAUUUGGCAAAGUCAAGUCAAAGUCGGGGAGUACAGGAGAGUUCAAUCUCAAAAGGGUCAAAGGUGAAAACUUUUAUCGCGAUGCAAAGGGAGCUGCGAGGGUCAAGAUGUUGUCUGGUGGGAAAGCUGUGAGGGAUAAAGAUGGAAAGAUCAUCCAGGCCGCUGCGUUUCAGAAAGGAGAAGAUGAGGCUAAACCUGGCCGUAUACAGCCUGAUCGCAGAUGGUUUGGAAACACUCGGGUCAUCAGUCAAACAGCCUUAGAUCACUUUAGGACCGCUCUCAGUGCUCAGAAGGCUGAUCCAUACUCUGUCCUCUUACGUCGUAACAAGCUCCCUAUGGGAUUGUUAGAAGAUGAAUCUGCGGCUUCAGGCAAGCGACCUCAUAUCGUCGAAACAGAGCCUUUUUCAAAUACUUUUGGUCCUAAAGCCCAGCGGAAACGCCCUCGGCUUGACAUAGGUACCAUUGAAGAACUAGGAGAAACAUCGGCUGCUGGUGCGGCUGCAGAGAUUGACGGUGAAGUGGUGUUGAUCGAGUCAGAAGAUGCAGUUGUCGACCCCGCUGACGCUUACCAUCCAACGACUUCGACGGCUCGAGAGCCCAUCUAUGCUAAAGGCACUUCGCGACGAAUAUGGGGGGAACUGUACAAAGUGCUCGACUCGAGUGAUGUGGUUAUACACGUCCUUGAUGCUCGAGAUCCUUUAGGCACAAGGUGUAAACCCGUGGUGGAGUAUCUGAGAAAGGAGAAAGCCCACAAGCACCUGGUGUACGUGUUGAACAAGGUGGAUUUGGUGCCUACUUGGGUGACUGCCCGUUGGGUCAAGCAUCUCUCUCUAUCCGCCCCAACCAUCGCCUUUCACGCAUCAAUCAACAAUUCCUUCGGUAAAGGUUCCCUCAUUCAACUUUUGCGCCAAUUCUCCGUCCUUCAUUCCGACAAGAAACAAAUUUCCGUCGGAUUCAUCGGUUAUCCCAAUGUAGGAAAAAGCAGCAUCAUCAACACCAUCAAGAAGAAAAAAGUAUGUACAGUCGCCCCCAUACCUGGCGAGACGAAAGUAUGGCAAUACAUCACUCUCAUGCGACGUAUAUAUCUAAUCGACUGUCCUGGUGUCGUCCCCGUUUCUGUCAAAGACUCCGACACGGACACUGUCCUCAAGGGUGUGGUCAGGGUUGAAAAUCUUGCUACUCCUGCGGAACAUAUCCCAGCUAUGUUAGAAAGGGUCCGACAAGAGUAUAUCGAGCGAACGUAUGGAUUAGAACACAGGGAUGAGGGAUGGAAAGGGGAAGAAGGGGCUGCCGUGUUGUUGAGUGCGAUAGCGAAGAAAAGUGGAAAAUUACUGAAAGGUGGUGAACCGGAUCAAGAAGCUGCAGCUAAGAUGGUACUGAAUGAUUGGAUCAGAGGGAGAAUACCAUUUUUCGUUUCUCCCCCAGAUACGAAGAUAGAGAAGGUGGGAGAGGAGAGAGUUACGGAUGAACAUGAAGGAGAGAGGGAGGUGAUGGAAGCUCAAGAGAAGGCGUUGGGUAAGAUCUUAGGACAGAGAAGGGUGAAAGGGGUGGAACAGCCCAUAAAACAGAUCGUGACGGUGACCAAAUUCCUGGCAGAGGAUGCGAGACGAGAGGGAGAGGAUGACGAGAGCUCAAAAGAGGAGGUAGAUCAUGAUGAGAAUGGUGACAAGGAUGAAAGUAUGGAAGAUGAUGAAGAGGAUGAAGAUGACGAGGAAAGUGAAGAGGAAGAUGGACAAGCAGAUUUAGCAUGGGAAGAUAUCUUCCCUGCUGACCCUUCCACUUUACCUCAAGAAUCAGAAUCGGAUGAUGACUCUGUUCCUGCUCCAUCAACUGACAGAAAAGGUAAACGGAAGGGUGAUGAUGUUGAAGAAGAGGAGGGUCAGGUUGAGAAAAAAGUUAGGAUGACGACGAACAAGAAGAAAGCUAGUAAUUUCUAUACUACCGCUAAUGUCAAGAACAGGAACAGGGAGAGAAAGAUACCUAAACCAGGUAGUGAGAAAGAACGACCCCGAGGAUCUAAGGGUAAAGGGAUGAGACGAAGAUGA